AUGUCAUCAUGGACCAGGGAGCUAGAUGAGGCUUCCAUCUUAGCAACAAAGCAAGGGUGGUGGCAUGUCUUGCUAUUUUAUUUGCUCUGUGGAUUGGCUGCUAUACCAACAUCAUUUUUGGUGUUUUCUCAGGUGUUCACAAACGCAACACCUGGACACUGGUGCGCUCCUCCUCCGGAGUUGAGGGUUCUGGAAGACGAGCUCUACCGAAACUUGACCGUACCAGAACAGCAUGGUGUCUUUGACAGCUGCAAAGCUUACAGCGUCGAUACGAGAGAGUUCUUUGUCUAUUUGGAAAGGUUUAAUAGGUCCCAGGAUGUCAACACGAACGAAAGUUUUCCAUUCAACGUAUCUACUUCGGUUAUAACAGAAGCCAUACUCGCUGUACGUAGCGAUGAAGCAAAGAAAUGCGAGAACGGAUGGAGUUUCAGCACAGAGCUUUACAAACGGACUUUGGUUACCCAGUACUUAUUGGUGUGCGAUGCUGACUGGUUACCGCGUACCAGUAAUGCUUUAUUUUGGGUCGGAUCUAUCUUUGGAAACCUAUUUUUUGGAUGGAUGUCUGACAGAUAUGGCAGACGCCCCACAAUCCUGCUAAUGAUUAUUCUCCAAGUGCCUCUAUCAAUCGCCACUUCAUUCCCUGGAAAUUACUGGAUCUACGUCGUGUUGAGGAUAUUCUGUGGAUUGUUCUUUCCAGCGUUAUACCAGUUACCAUUCAUACUUGCUUUAGAAUUAAUGCCGCCAGCACAAAGAACAAAUGCUGGAAUCGUUGUUGGCAUGCUGUUUGCAAGUGGUAUGUGCUUACUCGCUCUACUAGCGUAUGUACUUCGUGAUUGGUUCUACUUAUCACUAGCUACGAGCCUACCAUUUCUACUAUUAUUCGGAUACGUCUUUAUUCUGCCAGAAUCACCAAGAUGGUUGGUUGGAAGAGGGAGAAUCGCUGAUGCUGAGAAGGUCUUAAUAAGUAUUGCUAAGAGAAACGGAAUCACUCUGCCGCGAGGUUUCUUACUGGAGUUACACAAAACAAUAAAAGAAGAAGAUGACCUCGAACUAUCCAAUGGUCGAAUGCCGAAAAUCAGAAGGACAUCACUCCGAGAGGAAUACAUAGAAAGAAGAAUUAGCAAUAUGCCAUCAUUCAAACCAGAUUUUAAAAGAAUAGCCGAAAUUAAUGAAGAAUUAAACGAGAAUUCAUUAUUAAAUGCCAACGAUAAUAAAAAUGACGACGGAAGUGAAUCUCAAGCAUCAAACAAUGAAAAAAGCAUAAUUUUACAAAUGAGUACUUUAAGACGAAAAUCUAUACAAAUAGUAAAUAGACUCAUAAGCAUUGAAGAUGAUGAUUUCGAGAAUAAAAUAAUGGAUGAUCAAAAUUCCGAAGGGGAUUGUGAAGCCUCGCUUUUGGAUAUAUUCAGAUAUCCGAAUAUAAGGAAGAAAUUCCUGAUUCUUACCUUCAAUUGGGUAGCUGUUGGUGUAGCUUAUAAUAGCUUAAGUUAUAACACACCCAAUUUAGGUGUUGAUGACUAUUUAGCAUUUUUUAUUGGUGGUGCAGUAGAGCUACCCUCUUAUUUCAUAGCAUGGCGAAUCGCUUGCGUUUGCUGCGGAUUAGUUCCUGAAGAUUUACCAUGGGUAACGGUGUCCCUUGCCAUGCUGGGUAGACUAUCUGCUGCGGCUUGCUUUGCUGUAUUCUACGUUCAAAUUGGGGAGCUUUUGCCCACUGUUUUGAGAGCUCAAGCAAUGGGUGCCUCGUCUUUCAUCGCUGGUGUUGGUCUACUGGCCUGCCCUUAUAUUGUAUAUUUGGCAGUGAUCUUCAAGGCUUUACCAUUGCUCAUCAUUGGUGUACUAAGUAUAGCUGCUGGUUUCACAUCACUAUUUCUACCCGAGACGUUGAACCAGCCAUUACCUCAAACCCUGGGUGAUGGAGAGCUUUUUGGAAGAGACUUCAAGAUACUCAGCUGCGUACAAGAAGAGGAAUGA